UAAUUAAUGAAAGUCAAAAGCAGCAACUGGAAUCUGCAAGCUACUCCUCCCGCUACGCUCUGGGACUUUUUUAUGAAGCCGGUACACGGAUUGAUGUCCCCUGGGCUGCACAGUACAUCACCGAUAAUCCCUGCAUACGCUUCAUCUCCAUCGAUAAUAAGAAACGCAAUAUAGAGUCUCCUGAAAUUGGGCCCUCAGUUGUAGUUCACACAACUGUGACGUUUGGAAGCGAGAACCUGGAUUCAGACCCUGCAGAGGUGCAGCAGUUAAUUCUCAGUCACCUGGAGAGGAUGGUGCCAUCCCUACCUAAACCAGCCAGCAUCAAGUGUCAGAAAUGGAGAUACUCUCAGGUUACAAAAGCUGUGCCCAAUUGUCUGGGACAAAUGAUUCUUCAUACUCAACCUCUCCUGAUUUGUGGGGGCGAUGGAUUUACUCAUUCCAACUUCAGUGGCUGCAUAGAUUCUGCUAUGAGUCUUGCCGAGGCUGUGAAGUCUCAUUUGUAGCAAUUUCAAAGUUGGCUGCUAAACUUAGUCUAGAUUUGUGAUGAAUUUUACUAUGAUGAACUGAUUUCCAGUUUAGUGUUAACAUCACUGGCCUCUAUCUUGCAAAAAUAAAUAAAGGAAAAUAUAUUGCUGUCCUG